AGCAAAAUAAAGCACAUUUACAUGUGCUUGAGUUGAGUAAAGCUGCCUGCAAAAGGAUUAAUUCUCCUUUACAAGAUACAGUAGAUGUACAGUACAGUACAAACUGUAUUUUUGUCAUAUGACGAAUGUACAGUAAUUACAUGACGCAGAUUAUAAAUUAAUUGUUACAGUAUUUUUAAUUUCUUUAUUUUUUAGUUCUACAGUACAAAUCCCGACGAAUUUCAGUUGUCAACAUUGUCAUCGCGCACGCCACAGUGAGCUAGUAGCACGUAGGUAUGCAGUUUCUGCUACUGACACUUUCAGUAAAAAUAGCAUAGAACCCACAACGCAUGGUAUCCUUGGAAACAAAAUAGAUCACAAUGCCUUCUUAUAGAAUGUUCAUUCAUGAGUGAGGUCAUAAUGAUGUCAUAAUUCGAAAUAUAGGUUUCAAGAGGUUGAAAUAACAGAGGCAUCAAGAUGUGAGCAAUAGAGUCAUUGUAUUUUUUUUUCUUAUCCAGUCCUUUUAAUGUGAAUAAUUUUAUACUGUAUGGCUGUCUAAAUCACACGGAUUCUGCACAGUAUGUGCCUUUGGCUGUCCAUAUUGGGAGGUGUAUUAUUUCUAAGCCUGGCAACAGCUGUUAAUAUUAAAAACAUUAUGUUUCAAAAAAACAAUCUUGAUGUGAAAGAAGGGGAAAAGCUUGUAAUUCCAUGCAGAUUCUGGACAGAAACACCAGCAAAGCCUAAUGAUGUCAGACUAGAAUGGGAGUACGCCAUACUGCGAAACAGUGCCUUCCUCCCUGUUUACCAGGUGGCUGACGCUGUUCUGGAGUCCGUCCCGACACCAAACCCGUUCCACGGCAGAGCACACAUGAUCAUACCCACAAUCCCUGAAGGAGACUGUUCACUCAUCAUCAACCCAACGCUUGCCAGUGACACUGGACGAUUCAAGCUGAACAUAUACAGUGACGGUGCUAAAAAAACUUCCCCAGUCGUUCAGAUUUAUGUCAGAAGCCAAUUUCACGGAACUGGCCUGAGUUUUCCAAGAGGAGAUGAACCAGCACCAGAACCCCCGACAGCAGCAGCAGAGGCUCCCCCUCCUCCAGAACCACCUCCCCCCGAGUAUGCCCCAGAUCCAGCCCUUCGAGCUCAUAACCCCCCACCCCCGCCAAAGGUAGGUGGUGGUGGUGUUGAUAAAGACGACAACAGCUGCAUGGACAUUGCCGAAGUGGACAGCGGCAUUAUUGAAAUAGCCAAGGUGAUCAGAGCCAUCCUGAAAAAGACUGGGCUCACUUUGGAGAUGUUCGUGUACGCAGUGGGAAGUUUAUGCGGAAUUCUCUUCAUCGGAAACGUAAUUACUGCCAUGAUGUGGAGCUGCAGUACAAGCAGUAAGGAGGAAAUAUCCGAAGAAGGCUCUCUACUGGGAGACUGAUUGACUUGUACUGCCCAUUGCACCAGCCAUGACAUUCUGUAUUUGAGGCUGUAGGAAUAACUGAUAUUAUUGAUUUUAUGGGACAUUCUGGAGCUUUGCAACACCUCUCUACCCUAUCAGAGUCACUAAUCAUCAAAGAAUGGUGUGCCUCCCUCCAGAACAGUAAGCGCUUUGCAGACGAAUCACUUGUGUAAUCAGUGCCUGCCCAUGGUAGCCCUUCACCCUACACACAUAUUCUGGCUGAUGUAAAGUCGCUUGCGGUAUAGCCACACUUACUGUGACUUAUCUAGCCGACUGAAUUCUGGUAGAGGCACAGAACAAGCCACUGCUGAAGCCCACAUGCCAUUGUUAAUUAGUUUUGAGUGUUAACAUCAUCAAGCUAUACAAUGCUGAACACAGUUUUAUAGCUUCUCAUAGUGUCCCAUAAAUUUCCAAUAUGAAAUUAAAGAAUGAAGCUACCCUGCCCCCCACCCUCCUUUCAGCCACUUCCCAUAAUCCUUUACCCUUUAUUUUUGUGCUCAGCUGAACAGUCCUUUACUGCAGCAGUACACUGUUCAGAACUUUUGGUGUGAUUCGUCUAGCAGUCAUACAGUAAAAAUGAAAAACAUUACACAUCAUUACUCAUACUUGACUGUAAAUUAUUUUAUGUUCCAAAUGUUGAUAACUGCACAGAAAACUAGAAGUAACAGAAUAAAAGCAAGCAGCUUGAGCCACUGGCAACUACAGUAUCAGUUGUGUGUAAUCAUGUCGUCAUAAUGAGAUUCUGGAAUGCAUGCUUAGUGAUCUCACAAUGAUGUCAUAAUCCAUCAGUACAAUAGAUAGCAACGGUUGUGCUUUUAAAUAAAAGAGGACAUGCGA